AUGCGUGGUCCCCGCGGUGGUCCUCGCGGUGAUGGCGCUGGGGGUGGUGUUGGGGAUGAUUCGACAACGUCCGACGCCAGGCGCCUGAUGCAGAUGUCCGCUGCAGUGCACUUGGAGAGGCUGGAGCAAGAAGUGCCGCAGCUGGAUAAGCAAAUGCUGCUUGCCAUGUUGGAAAUGAUCCUGCUCAACCCGAGUGUGGCGCUCGCUCAACCCCACAUAACAAGCAGUGCGCCACAACAGCCGGGCGCUGCUAAUUCAUCCUCCCAUCCCGCUGCGUCUGCACCGUCCGCACUUCCUCCGCACAUGGCGCCAAGCGGCGCGUCGGCAUUUUCAACAGGCAUGGCCCCUGCCACGUCCUGGGCCAUGGCGCUCCUCAGCGACGACAACGCGAACAAGCGAGCCAGGAUGAUGUCUACCCUGCACGACCGCCUGUCGCCAUUUCUCUUGUCACCCCUGCUCACGUCCCCGGAGCCCGAGCGUGAAGACACGCAUCAACUGCAGUCCUCCACCACAGCUACCGGCAACAGCAGCAGCAGCAUGCUUGCCAACAUUCCCAGCACCCACGACAGCAGCACAUCGACUUUGGGCGGCCAAGGAGGUCCCUCUUUGGCACGCACGACUGCUGCCACGAUCACGGGGGCGCAGGUGGCGGCCAUACUCGGAAGCAGCGCGCUAGCGCCCGCAUCGGCACCAACAUCGCAACCGGCCGCGUCAAGUGCGACAGCGCUGUCGUCGUCAUGGCCCGGGCUGACGUCGUCGUCGUCAUCGUCGAUGUUGGACGAGCCCUUACCGUCAUCGGUAGCCAUCUCGCACCCGUUGUUUGGCGGCGCCCAGAUGCUGGGGAUGGACCCAACCUUUCCCGCAGCCGAAAUGCGGCUGCGGCAACAACGGCAGCAACGGCAACAGCGCCACAGCAGCGAAUACGCCGGUGGGGCUGGUGGUAGCAGUCGCAUUGGGCUGGACAAUCACAGCAACGGCAACACGAAUGUAGGCGGCGCUGAUGUUGAUGGUGCCGGCAGUGGUGGACUGGAGGACUUGCCGCCAUUUGGCGGUGAAGCCGACAACGAGUGGCUGGAUACGAGCGAGGCCAUGCAAGACCUCCCACUCUCGGACCUGUUUCCGCCAUCGACCUGCGGCGACACGUUGCCCCGGCGCACGUCUGCUAUGGGCUUCUUGAGGAGCAUGGAUGGUAGUGGUGCAUUUGGCACGACCAUUGAUGAUAGCGGCGGUGGCGGCGGCGGAGGUGAUGGUGCCACUUUGAAUAUCGACAACCCGACACACACAUUAUCGGGUGGCGGUCACACGCACAACACAGGUAUUGAUGAUGGCGGUGGCUUUGCACACGUGGGUAGUGACAGUGGCGGACAGGGCGUUGCAGCACACGAUAAUCAGCAUGGAAACCGAGACAACGACAAUCCUGGUGAUGAUGAUGACGAUGAUGAUGAUGAUGGCGGUGCCACGGUUGAUUUGGCCCUGUCGCUCAUGCCAUCCGUCCAGGACAGACCAAACAACGACAGCGGUGCUGGGCGUGGUGAUGGUGAUUACUAA